AUGCCCAACAUGUUACCCCGACGAUUACCACCUGGCCUUCUUCGCCUCCGUUCAACCUCAACAUCACUAACAUCCACCAUCCUCUCACCCACAAUCAACACCACCACCAUCACCACCAGGGCCUCACAAUUCCUCACUACUAACCCCACAACCCUCCAAACCCGCCCCUCCUCCUCCUCAACCUCCCGCUGGAAAACCCGCCAAUUCUCCGACCGCUACGCCCGCGAAGCGCGCACCGCCGGCCUUAAAUCCCGCGCUGCCUUCAAGCUUCUGGAAAUCAACAAGAAAUACCGUCUCUUCCGGCCGUCCUCGGGGCAAAUCGUCGUUGACCUGGGAUUCGCACCGGGUUCCUGGUCGCAAGUUGCUUUGGACCUGACCAAGCCCGAUGGAAAAGUGGUCGGCAUCGACAUCAUUCCUGCGCAGCCGCCGAGGGGCGUUUCUGCCAUCCAGGGAAAUUUUUUGAGCGAGGGGGUGAGGGGCUUGGUGAAGGGAUGGUUGAGGGAGGAAGAGGGACGGAAGGUGGGGGAGCAAUUGAGGGAGAUGGCGAGACGGGAACAGCAGAGAUUGGAGGAAAAGGAACGGUUGGAGAGGGAGAGGUUGGAGGCGGAGGAAAGGGAGGCUAGGGAGCGGGAGGCGGAGGAGAGGAGGGUGAGGGAGGAAGAGGAGGAGAGGAGGGAGUGGGGUUUGGAUCAGACUGAGACUGAGACUGAGGAGGUUGUGAAUCAAGGGGAAGGGAAGCUGAACCAAAAGAAUGACUAUGACGAAGAGAUGGUGGAGGAGAUGGACAGAAUGGAGAUCACAGACAGGUGGCAAGAGGAGCUGCUGUACCGACAACGACACGAGGAGCCAAAUACUUGGGAAGUGGAGGCGUUGCGGCGGCAACGGGAACGACAGGAACGAAGGGAUGCGGAAAAGCAGGUGGUGGUUGAUGACCGACCGAGCUACAUCGAGCUGGAACGGAUGGCUGUCUUAGAGGCACAGGUUAUGCAGCAGCACCAGUCUGAGGAGGUUAUGGAACAGAAACAGGAACGGGAACAGGGCCAAGAAGACUCUGGGAAUAAAGCGGCGACGACAACGGACACUGACGCUGACGCGGAAAGAAAGUCCGAUAGCGAAGAGGGUUUUGGGGAACUCGAAGAACAUGAAGAACAACAACCACAACGACCAAAGAAGAAGAAGCAGAACGAGCAAAUGCGGUUGGUUGAUGUAGUACUAAGCGACAUGUCAGAACCCUGGCCCCAAACCUCCAGUUUCUCCAUCAAGACUUUGAGUAACCCGUAUAACAGGAUGAUGAACACGAGCGGGAUUUCCUUCAAGGACCACGCCGGCAGUAUGGACCUCUGCUACGCCGCACUCUCAUUCGCAAACGACACGCUCAAACCCGGUGGUCACUUCGUCUGCAAGUUCUACCAAGGGUCUGAGGACAAGAAGCUGGAGGAUAUGCUUAGGAAGCUUUUCGGCAAGGUGUUUAGGGAUAAGCCUGAUAGUUCUAGGAGUGAGUCAAAGGAGGCCUAUUUCGUUGCGCUGAAUAGGAGGAGGGAUGUCAUCCUAGAAGAUAUUCCUAUUUAA